CUGGAUGAGAGGAGAGUAUUGUGCAGAGCGGCUUUCGUGCUCUUUCCAGAGUCGAAGCAGCAGCUGGAAGACAAAGAGAAUGACAAUAAGAGAACUCGGAACAACUGUAAAUAACAAGCAACGUUGCAAAGGGAAGAAAAUCGAGCCAGAAAUAAAAAUAUUUUCUAUUUCCUUCAGAAAACCACACAAUUCUCCUCCUCCUCCAGCAGCUGUUAGACAAAAGAGAGAAAAUGAAGAAAGAUUUCAAGGUGAAAUAAGCAGAUUAUGCAGAACUCAAGGAUACAUUACAUGAAAAGUCAAAGGAGAUUAUUUUUCAAUCAGCAAAAAAGGGAAGUGGAGAGGAAAAGGUCAAUAGUAAAGCCAUGUAGAUCAGACAGGAAUGCAGGCCUGUCAGGAAGAAAACGGCUUGAAUGAAAGCACCACUAAACAAGUCAUUGUCUAUAUUUUUGACUUCCUCAAGAAUAUCAGCUGUGCAAAAGCUCCAUAGAUUUGCCUAUUGUGGGAAAAGCACAGAUCGCAAAUCGCAGCUGAUUAUGUACUAGAGGAGCCAGAAAGGAGAAAAGCCAUACAAAUUAGCUGAAUGUGGCAACAGCUCCCUUGUGGUUCAUGGAAGCAACCACACAAGAGGGAAGCCAUAAAAGUGCUCCCAAUUCAGUAAAUGUGUAUAGUGAGAAUAGCAACAUGAUGAUACAUCAGAGGACUCGCCACAGGUAGAAAACGUAUGACUCUGCAGAUUGUGUGAAAGUUUCAAAAGAAAUUCCCAGGUCAUGAGACACUAAAGGACUCAGACACAGAAAAAAACAACAACAUUUGAAUAUCCUUUCUGUGGGGAAAGUUUCAGUGAGAAGUCCAGUCUGGUGAAUCACCCAAGACACAUACAGGAGUGAAACCCUUUGAAUGUGCUGACUGUGCACAUUCUCAAUUCUAUUCUGAUAAUACAUCAGUGGAUUGACUCCAGGGAGAAACUCUAUGAGAGUCUAGAUUGAGAGAAAAGCUUCAUUAGAAAUUUCCAUCUCGGAUACCAGAGAAAAAAAUCAUUCAAACGUCCUUUCGGUGGGAAAAGUUUCAGUCAGAAUUCCAGCCUCGUGAUACACCAGAGGACUCAAUAGGAAAAAAAAAUGCUUUGAAUGUCCUGAUUGUGGGAAAACUUUCAAUUGUAAUUUCAAUUUGUUGAUACACUAGAGCAGGAUUGUCACACCUGCAUUGUCACAGAAAUGUUGUGAUGUAUCGUGACUUUUUCCCUUCACUAAAAUGGACAUGGGAAUGGCCAGUGUGUGAUGCAUCCAGCCUGCAGGCUGCAAGUUUGACAACACUGGACUAGACGAAUCCCAAAGGUGAAAAAUCCGUUCAAUGUCCUGACUGUGGGAGAAGUUCCAGUCAUAAUCCCAGCCUGGUAAUACAUCAGAGGAUUCACUCCAUGGAGAAAGCCUACGAGUGUCGAGUUUGUGGGAAAGCUUUCAUUAGAAAUUCCCACUUCAUCAUACACCAGAGGAUUCACAAAGGAGAGAAAAUCUUUGAAUGUCCUAUCUGUGGGAAAAGUUUUAGUCAUAAUUCCAUGCUGGUGAGACACCAGAGGACUCACACAGGAGAGAAACCCUUUGAAUGUCCUGAUUGUGGGAAAUGUUUCAUUACAAAUUCCCACCUCACGAGACACCAGCGGACUCACACAGGAGAGAAACCCUUUGAAUGCCCUAUCUGUGGGAAAGGUUUUAGAGAUAAUUUCAGCCUGAUGACACACCAGAAUAUUCACACAGGAGAAAAACCCUUUGAAUGUCCUGAUUGUGGAAAAACUUACAGUCAAAAUUCCCAACUCAUGAACCACCAGAGGACUCACACAGGAGAGAAACCCUUUGAAUGUCCAGAUUGUGGGGAUAGUUUCAUUAGAAAUUCUCACCUCAUGAGACACCAGAGUACUCACACAGGAGAGAAACGCUUUGAAUGUCCUCAUUGUGGAAAAGGUUUCAAUCAGAAUUGCGAACUCAUGAGACACCAGAGGACUCACACAGGAGAGAAACGCUUUGAAUGUCUUGACUGUGGAAAAGGUUUUAGUCAGAAUUCGCACCUCAUGAAUCACCAGAGAAUUCACACAGGAGAAAAACCUUUUGAAUGUCCUGAUUGUGGAAAAGGUUUUACUCAGAAUUCCCACCUCAUGAACCACCAGAGGACUCACACAGGAGAGAAACCUUUUGAAUGUUCUAACUGUGGAAAAGGUUUUAGUCAGAAUUCCCACCUUGUGAGACACCAAAGGACUCACACAGGAGAGAAACCCUUUCAAUGUUACGAUUGUGGGAAAAGUUUCAUUACAAAUUCCCACCUCAUGAGACACCAGAGGACCCACACAGGAGAGAAACCCUUUGAAUGUCUGGACUGUGGGAAAUGUUUCAGUGAGGAUUCCUAUCUUGUAAUACACCAGAGGAUUCACACCGGAGAGAAACCCUUUGAAUGUUCAGAUUGUGGGAAAAGUUUCAGUCAAAAUUCUUACCUCAUGAACCACCAGAGGACUCACACAGGAGAGAAACCUUUUGAAUGUCCAGAUUGUGGGGAAAGUUUCAUUAAAAAUUUCUACCUCAUCAGACACCAGAGGACUCACACAGGAGACAAACCCUUUAAAUGUCUUGACUGUGGAAAAGGUUUCACUCAGAAUUCCCACCUCCUGAGACACCAGAGGACUCACACAGGAGACAAACCUUUUGAAUGUCCUGAUUGUGGGAAAAGUUUCAGUCAAAAUUCCCACCUCAUCAACCACCAGAAUAUUCACACAGGAGAGAAACCUUUUGAAUGUCUUGACUGUGGGAAAAGUUUCAGUCGAAAUUCCCAUCUCACACAGAAUUCCCACCUGGUGAUACACCAGAGGUUUCACACAGGAGAGAAACCCUUUGAAUGUCUUGAUUGUGGGAAACGUUUCAGUCAGAAUUCCCACCUGGUGAUACACCAGAGGACUCACACAGGAGAAAAACCCUUUGAAUGUCCAAUUUGUGGGAAAAGUUUUAGUGAUAAUUCUAGCCUGGUGACACACCAGAGGACUCACACAGGAGAGAAACCCUUUGAAUGUCCUGAUUGUGGGAAAAGUUUUACGCAGAGUUCCCAUUUGGUGACACACCAGAGGACUCACACAGGAGAGAAACACUUUGAAUGUCUGGAUUGUGGGAAACGUUACAGUCAGAAUUUCUACCUGGUGAUACACCAGAGGACUCACACAGGAGAAAAACCCUUUGAAUGUCCUAUCUGUGGAAAAUGUUUUAGUGAUAAUUCCAGCCUGGGGAAACACCAAAGGACUCACACAGGGGAGAAACCCUUUGAAUGUCUUGACUGUGGGAAAAGUUUCACUAAGAAUUCCAAUAUGGUGAUGCAUCAUAGGACUCAUACAGGAGAGAAACCCUUUGAAUGUACUAUUUGUGGGAAAAGUUUUAAUCGCAAUUCUACACUGGUGCUACACCAGAGGACUCACACAGGGGAGAAACCCUUUGAAUGUCUUGACUGUGGGAAAAGUUUUCAUGAUAAUUCCAAUCUGGUGAGACACCAGAGGAUUCACACAGGAGAAAAACCCUUUGAAUGUCCUAUCUGUGGGAAAGGUUUUAGUGAUAAUUCCAGCCUUGUGAGACACCAGAGGACUCACACAGGAGAGAAACCCUUUGAAUGUCCUAUCUGUGGGAAAGGUUUUAGUGAUAAUUCCAGCCUGGUGACACACCAGAGGAUUCACACAGGAGAGAAACCCUUUGAAUGUCCUGACUGUGGGAAAAGUUUCUGUCAAAAUUCCAGCCUAGUGAUACACCAGAGGACUCACACAGGAGAGAAACCCUUUGAAUGUCCUGACUGUGGGAAAGGUUUCAGUCGUUAUUCCAGCCUAGUGAUACACCAGAGGACUCACACAGGAGAGAAACCCUUUGAAUGUCCUGACUGUGGGAAAGGUUUCAGUCGUUAUUCCAGCCUAGUGAUACACCAGAGGACUCACACAGGAGAGAAACCUUUCGAAUGUCCUGACUGUGGGAAAAGUUUCAAUCAGAAUUCCGACGUAGUGCAACACCAGAGGACUCACACAGGAGAGAAACCCUUUGAAUGUCCUGACUGUGGGAAAGGUUUCAGUCAGAAUUCCCACCUAGAGGUACACCAGAGGACACACACAGGAGAGAAACCCUUUGAAUGUCCUGACUGUGGGAAAGGUUUUAGUCAGAAUUCCAACCUAGUGAUACACCAGAGGACUCACACAGGAGAGAAACCCUUUGAAUGUCCUGACUGUGGGAAAGGUUUCAGUAACAGAUGGAUNAAUUCCCACCUUAUGAGACACCAGAGGACUCACACAGGAGAGAAACCCUUUGAAUGUUCUGAUUGUGGGAAAUGUUACAGUCAGAAUUCCUACCUAAUGAUACAUCAGAGGACUCACACCGUGGAGAAAUCUUUGAAUUGUCCAAUCUGUGGUCAUUACUUCAAGCAUAAAUCAUCCCUUAUUGCACACAAGGUAAUCCAUAUGAGGAAAAGUAGAUGAUUUAGAGAACGCUUGAAUUUCAUUUGUGAUCUCUCAUUGAAAGUGUAGGUGAGAAAUUGAUUGUUUGAAUUUUGGCCUGAUUCAUUUUGCUCAAACAUUUCUCAGGAUUAAAUCUGUAGAUGGAGAGAAAAUGAAAAUGAAAAAUGGCCUCACUUCCAACCCACCAUGGCUCACAUCCUCCUCCUCCUCACAUUUUGAACAACUCUGAUCCUCAUGUCGGGGAAGGACAGGAGGCAGGGGUGAAAUUCAGCAAGUUCUGACAGAUUCUGGAGAACCGGUAGCAGAUAUUUUGAGUAG